GCUCCCCAGAGUGAAGAGAGGCUGGCCAGGGAGGAAAGGGGAAUAACUCAGUUUUAGGUAAGUCAUCGCUAUUGCCUAGAAUAACCUGCCUCUUCAGUCCGAGGGAAGCAGAGAGGCGCCUUCUCCUCCUUAAAGCCUGCGGAGCACAAGCCUCUUGGAGCGUCUUUGGGGUUGACACAGCAGAGGUUCCAGGCACACACAGCCACUCCAGCCAGGAGGCUGCCAUGCCCCACAUUCCUGAGGAUGAGGAGCCCCCUGGAGAGCCACAGGCAGAUCAGACCCAAGACUCUCCCUCUGCAGGACCAUUUCGCAGUCUUCCCACAAUCAUCCUGACGGGGGAUGCCAGUUCACCUGAAGGAGAAACCGACCGAAACCUGAUCAACAGAGCUCCCAGCCCCCACCGAAGGCUUUCCCACCGACAUCUGAAGGUCUCCACAGCUUCGCUGACUUCUGUGGACCCCACAGGACAUGUCAUUGACUUGGUAAAUGACCAGCUGCCAGACAUCAGCAUCUCAGAGGAGGACAAGAAGAAAAACCUGGCACUUCUGGAAGAAGCCAAGUUGGUGAGUGAGCGAUUCCUGACCCGCCGCGGGAGGAAAUCAAGGAGCAGCCCCGGAGACUCCCCAUCAGCUGUUUCCCCAAACCUCAGCCCUGGAGCUUCUCCUACACCCUCUAGGAGCUGCUCACUCACCAUCUCCACGCCACCAGAUUUCGACACAGGCAGUGGCCCACAGUCCCCUUUGCCGGGAGCACCACCGCAGCAAAAGGGGCAUGAGGCCGACAUCUCCUCACCUCACCUCGGCGAGCCUAAUGUCUCCAAAGGGCUAGCCGACCGGAAGCAGAAUGACCAGAGGAAAGUGUCUCAAGGCAGACUGGCUCCCCGCUCUCCCACAGUGGAGAAAUCCAAAGCACUUACAGUAGAACAAAAGGAAAACUUUGACCCCCUUCAGCAUCCGGAGGCCACACCCAUGGCUCAGGCUUCUGGAGCGAGCAUCAGUGGGAAAAUGGCCCUGAACAGCCCCCAGCCUGGCCCUGCCGAGAUGGAGCUGGGGAGACAGCCCCUGAAGACAGCCAGGGAAGGCAGCCCUCUGCCCAGAAGCACAGUACAAGGCUCUGGAGGAACUGUCUCUCCACAUCCCCGGGGACAAGGCUCUGCUGGAGAGCCUGUGGGGCCCAAGGCUGGCCCCAAAGCUGAACUGCGGCCCCCUGUGUCCCGGCCCCCCUUGAUACGGGGAGUCUCCUGGGACAGCAGCCCUGACGAACCUGGUCCCCUGCUGCAGAAGGUACUUGCCAAGCUGCCUCUGGCAGAGGAAGAGAAGCGGUUUCCAGGCAAAGCCAAACCAGCCAAGCCACCUGGGCUCAAAGACUUCCAGAUACAAGUUCAGCCUGUGCGCAUGCAGAAACUGACCAAGCUUCGGGAGGAACACAUCAUGAUGAGAAACCAGAACCUGGUGGGGUUCAAGCUUCCUGAACUGAGUGAAGCUGCAGAGCAGGACAAAGGGGUCUCUUCUGAACUCGCCCCUGGAACUGAGGAAGAAGAGUCAAAGAGUGGUCUGGAUGUGAUGCCCAACAUUUCUGACAUAUUGCUGCGCAAACUGAGGGUUCACAAGUCACUCACCGGAAGCGCCCCUCCACUCACGGAAAAGGAAGUUGAGAACGUGUUUGUACAACUGUCCUUGGCCUUUAGAAAUGACAGCUACACCUUGGAAUCUAGAAUUAACCAGGCUGAAAGGGAACGCAACCUGACGGAAGAGAACACUGAGAAGGAACUGGAAAACUUCAAAGCUUCCAUUACGUCCUCAGCAUCCAUCUGGCACCACUGUGAGCACCGAGAGACCUAUCAGAAGCUUCUGGAAGACAUCGCGGUCUUGCAUCGCCUGGCUGCCCGCCUCUCCAGCCGGGCUGAAGUGGUUGGGGCUGUGCGCCAGGAAAAGCGUAUGUCAAAGGCAACAGAGGUCAUGAUGCAGUAUGUGGAGAAUCUGAAGAGAACGUACGAGAAGGACCAUGCUGAGCUCAUGGAAUUUAAGAAACUCGCAAAUCAGAAUUCAAGCCGCAGCUGUGGUCCCUCUGAAGAUGGGGUCCCCCGCACGGCGCGAUCUAUGUCCCUCACGAUGGGCAAGAACAUGCCCCGCCGGAGGGUCAGUGUCGCUGUGGUUCCCAAGUUUAACGCCCUGAACCUUCCUGGCCAAACCCCCAGUGCAUCACCCAUCCCCUCCCUACCAGCUCUGUCUGAAUCACCCAACGGAAAAAGCAACAUAUCCGUCCCCCCGGUGCUGCCUGCACUUUUGGAAAAUGGAAAGACAAAUGCGGAGGCUGACUGUGAAGCUGGUGCCCCUGGGCCGCUCCCAAGCUGCCUGGAGGACACGAGCCAGGAGACCAAGGCCAGGGCAGAGGAAGAGGCCUACACCAAAGGAUACCAGGAAGGGCUAAAGAAGACUGAAGAACUUCAAGACCUGAAGGAGGAGGAGGAAGAACAGAAGACAGAGAGUCCCGAGGAACCAGUGGAGGUAGAAGGAACUGAGGAGGAAGAGAAGGACCAGAGAAGCAGCAAACUUGAAGAACUGGUCCACUUCCUACAAGUCAUGUAUCCCAAAUUGUGUCAACACUGGCAAGUGAUCUGGAUGAUGGCUGCAGUAAUGCUGGUCUUGAGUGUUGUGCUUGGGCUCUACAGCUCCUAUAACUCCUGCACAGAGCAGGCCGAUGGGCCCCCUGGGAGAUCCACCUGCUCCGCAGCCCAGCGGGACUCCUGGUGGAGCUCAGGACUCCAGCAAGAGCAGCCAGCAGAGCAGUAGGACAUCAGAGUCCUUAGCCAUGCCCUGCUCUGGUGCAUUCACCCAACACCCUGCCCCCAAGUACAGUGUGUCAGGCCCAGGUGUGCACAUGUGGCCACUCAUCCAUCCCUUUGGGGAACAAGGAGGCUUUCUCUUCACCUUCAUCACCUCCAUGGAAGCUACUCACACACAGUAACCUGAUGCUUUGAAGGGAUCAGCAAAACUGCUCUGGGAAAGGGUCUGGUGGUGGACAAAGAAGUGGCCUUCACGGAGGACUCUGGCCCAAGGGAAGAGUCCUGCCCCUGGCUCAGAUGGAUUGGGAGAACUGAAACCCCUUCAUUCAGGAGACAGGGAGAAGCCCGCUCUCCCUUUUCCUCCCUGUGUUUCAUAACCAGGAAGAGUUGUACUUAAUGGCCAGUACUGACAGUAAGGAUCGGACCUGGGACCUGGGGUCACAUGUGGAUGUCUUCCCACUUCAUUUACCAUGACUGUUCUUUAGCCUUUGCUCUCUCCUUCAGAAUCACCAUUUCUUGUCUGAGAGUGGGAAAGCUCUCUCAUAAAAGUACACAGGCUAAAAGUAGUCCCAUGCUCGAAAGGAAACAGGAAGAUGUGAGUUAAUAUAUAAUGUGUCUUUAUACAUAUGGACAGAACACACAACAUGUUUGUGCACACACACCCACUCUCUGGAAGUGUGCUCUGCUUGGUGGCAGCCAUGUUGUGCCAAUCAAUUAUUUUUCACUAGGUGUGGAACAGUAGUCACCAGGCAUCAAUACGGGGAGCCCUCCACAUACUCUGAAGAUGUUUGAAAACCCUAAGAAAUCGUGUCUUCAGAUGCCAGUUUGGAGCUGUUGCUCUGCACAGUCUCUUCCCUGGCUGUGUGCUGCAUUUGAACGUGAUCCUACACAGUUUAACCCACCCCGUGGGUAAGAAAAGGUGUGCCUUCCACCCCAGACUCUCACUCUGCGUUGCACAUCAAGGCUGCCAUUCUCCUAUUUCCCGCCCAAAUGUGUCCUUCCGAGGACCUGUUCAGCAGCAAACCGAAGGAGUGCGUCCCACCUCCAGCACGGCGUCUCUCACACUGUUCAGCUGUUACCUUCACUCAUCAGUUGGAGAUUGGCCAUCUCUCGUGCUUGCUUUUCUGUUUCAAUGUUUUGGUUGCUAACAUGCAUGCAGGACUUAUUGUGAGUCCAAAACUGUCUCAGUGUUAUAUAGAUAGUAAUUCAUUUAGUCCUCAAGAAAAACAAAAUCUGAAAUGGAUAGUACUCUCUCUCUCUCUCUCUCUCUCUCUCUCUCUCUCCAUGCUCAAAUAAGGAAACAGAAGCAUAAAUCACACAUACACACACACACACACACACACACACACACACACACACACACACUGAUACAACUUAGGCAUAUAUAGCUAGUAAGUAAGUCAUUCAAACUAGAGUGGUCUAGCUCCAGAGACUGUACCCCCUGACCCCUCUCCUAUGGUCACCCAGCUAGGUGCCUUCCGGUCUGAUGCCCCUCCCCAUCUGACCCUUCAGCUGUCCCAAACCUGUCAUGGUU